UUCACCAUUCACCGUGUCCAAAUACCUGGACUUUCAAAACUCGGCGUUUGUUGUCAACAGUAACAAAAAUGGCGACAUCAAGUGUAGUGCCAUAUGAAGCCAAAACGGCUCGAAAGGUGGAGCUCAAUGAAAUUAUUCCUCCAGUGGACUUCUCUUUCCUCAAGAUUGCAAGUGUCGAUGAGUGUGAGUCAGAAGAGCCAAGGGAUAACUCGCCCCGUAAACAGCGUGCAGUGCAGAAGAAAAAAGAAGAGGAAAAAGAUGAUAAGUCUGACAGCCUUUGCCUAAAACUGAACAACAAUGAACUCAAAGAUGUAAACAACAUCAUGUCAAUAGCAGAAAUGUUAUUUCAGAACCCCUCAAGCAUUGGAUGGAUUGAUCUCUCCUUCAACAGCUUAACACAUAUUGAUCCUGUCCUAACUCAGUUUGAGAACCUGAAGAUUUUAUACCUCCAUGGCAAUUCAAUCGAAGAUGUCAAAGAAGUCAACAAGCUGGCAGUGCUACCCAGAUUAAUAAAACUCUGUUUGCAUGGAAAUCCCAUGGAAAAUGUCAAGGGUUACAGACAGUAUGUGCUAUCCUUCGUGCCCAACUUGGUUGUCUUUGACUUCAGCAGAGUGACCAAAGCAGACAGAGCCACUGCAAACACAUGGAAGAACUUCAACAAUCCACAAAGACAAAAGAAAAUAAAGAAUAAUGAUGAUUAAUAUUUACCAAGUCAAUGUUUGAUGAGCAUAAAGUGAUAAUGAUGUAAAUGAUAAAGCCUUGUGGUAGCAGAAACUCUUUUUCACUAGACUGAACUAGUUUUCAAGUAAAAAUCUUUCAAUGGUUAAUGCAUGUUUUGCAUGAUCUCAUACAUUUUUGUUUUUGAAGACUCAUUGAAAAGAAUAAGUUAGAUAGCCUUUCUUGCAUUGCCUUACACAUCACUGACAUUGAUGUUAAUUAUUGAUAGUAAAUAGUUCAUUUUUUGGGGUAUUUGUUUAAAAUUUCAAUGAGAUAAUAGAAAUGAAAAAUUAUAUUGUAUUUUCUAAAGCAGCGUUUGGCUCUGCAUGUUCUACUGAAAGAUCCUGUCAGUUUGUUAGUGUGGGAGCCCCUAAUUUGCUGCUUGCAUUGUAUGCUUCCCGGGAAACUGAGAAUAUUUUUGAGUAUUCUUGGGUCUGCUGGGAUAAAUGUAGAGCACAUAGAGCAUGUUGCUGAGCGAGAAUAUGUGUGCCUAUUAAUUUAUCAUUAUUUCUACAAAAUCUGUCACAUUUUAUAAACAACUGCACUGUAUUAUAGAAUUAUGGUGACACAGCGAUUGCUUUGAGUUCUUUACUUUAGAAGGUACAGAGAAUCUUUGUUUUGAUUCUUGUGUUGUCUCAUUUUUACAUUGUUAUAGAUCUACUUCUGUGAGCUUGAGAUUUGUCAAAGUACUAGUCUAGAUAAAAGAAAUGGUAGUCAAAAUGGUAGGUGUCCUCAUUUCCCAUAAGCUGAGCCAUGAAAGGGGGUUACAAAAAAAAAAAAGUCAAAUCCCUAUAUUUUGUGAUAAAAUUUCAAAUUCUCAAGCCAAAAUUUUGCAAGACUUUUCAAUGGUCGAGGCGGGAUGGAAAAAUCACACCGAAGCAAUGACUUAGUAUGAUGUAGAGACCUUGUGAUUUUACUGACCUAUUUUUAUAUAUUGCUUGAAAACUGACACUUUUGUAUUGCUCUCUUCAAUGUAGAUGUCAGGCUAUCCAAGGUUGGAGCACAUAUGUUUUAAGCGAUAAUAAUCAACCUAAAGGUCUCAUGAAUUUGGACUCAAUCUGCCUUUUUUGUCUGAAACUGCACCAACAGUUUCAUAAUGACAGUUUUGAGUACUGCGUCUUGUAUUAUGUGAUUUUAUGAGGUGAGCUUUUGAGUUUUCUUUUACUGCUUUAGAACUACUCGCCGGGAAAAUUACAGAAAUUUACAAGCAUGCGACGACCCUGCAGGGAAUUGGCAUGCGUGCAUAACAAGGAGUUGCAACCAUCAGUUUGAAAGUUGAUUGAAAAGUAGAGGUUUUCCCCUUUUUUGUAACACCCUGUAAUUUUUGUUUUGUGGAAUGGUAAUUACUGUACAUAUUACGUUACCAUUCGUUCCCAUGAGUCCAUGAUUGUAGUCUAUAAGACUGACUACUUGUUGGAAUAGUAAAUCACGUUUGUUUCUUGAAAUGUGAAUAUACCUCUCAGACUUUGUUGAUAGUACAAAAUAUUAUGUUUUUCUAAAAUAAUAUGUUGGUGCAAAUAUCAUUAAAAUGUCUAGUAUAAAUAAUAAAUUGAUGAAUGUGUGUAAUGCUGCUUCUUUUUUUUCUUUAAUUAAAUCUUGAGAUGUAGGCCUACAACAGAACUCACCCUGUAUGUAAGAGUAAACCAAAACCAAGAAAACCAACCAAAAGAAAAUUGAACUGAAUGAAGAUCAAACUGCAACUAAAUAAUGUGCCAGUAGCAUUUUGUUUUAAGGUGUUGAUCUUUUUUCCUCCUUCUUUCAGUAAAAAGAAAGAAGUUAUUUUAAGAUUGGGAAGCAUUAUCCCAUGGUUUGUGAACAGCUCCAAACAUUGAUAUUUGUUCAUAUUAAUUUCUCGUCUUUGCUUAUUGUCAAGAGAGAUAGCUAGUAUUGUUUCUCCUUGUCAAUGUUGAUACUUGCAAGGGCGCCAAUUUUAUGCAUAGAAAUGAACAUUUUCUAUCUUUAUAUAAGCAUUUUGUAGUAGACUGGCUCUUUCACAGCAAUAGUGGUAACGUUUUGCCUCUCUGUUUACAAGGUAUUUUUUUUAGGACUGUAUAUCACUAUCACUUGGCUGCAUACUAGAGAAAAAUCCAGUGUUGCCAUUGUAACAAAUAUUUGUACAUAAAGAAAAACACGAAACUGCUGCAA